AAUCAUAUAGCAUGCAUGCGCAGUCCGCUGUGGUUGGAUAUGGCGGCGCUGGUUAGAGGACUGAGAGCUGGAAGGGCCCUGCGGGGUCUCGGCAGCGUUGCAGUUCAAGGCACAGUCAGUCCCCAGUGCAGAAAUGUGAGACGUGGAUUCCAUUGUGCCACCCUGUUACGACUGGCCGAUGACUCUAAAAGUGGCACAUCUGUACCACCUCCAUCCUUCCAUGAGGUUCCCACAGCUGGAGAGAGCUCAUCUUCUUCAGAACCUUCAGAAGAUGGCCAGCCAAACACCAGUUAUCAAGAUCAGAGUGGCGAACACGGCGAAGACUAUGAGACGGAAGAGCAGCUCCAGGUUCGCAUCCUGACCUCGGCUCUGGAGUUCGUUCCGGAGCACGGCUGGACUGUGGAGGCCAUCGCAGCUGGAGCAGAGACUCUUGGCCUGUCAUCAGCUUCCACUGGGAUGUUCAACAAUGGGGCAGGAGACUUGGUCCUGCAUUUCGUUGCACAGUGUAACGCUCAACUUGCCGAGACAUUGGCAGAGCAACAUAACCUGGUCCAGCUUGGCCAGGCGGAAUCAAAGGAAACUGCAGAGUUUCUGAGAGACGCAGUAGAGAUGAGACUGCGGAUGUUGAUUCCUUAUAUUGACACAUGGCCUCAGGCCAUGAGCAUCCUACUACUGCCACACAACAUCCCCGACAGCCUGAAGCACCUGUCCACGAUGGUGGAUGACAUCUGGUACUACGCAGGCGAUCGCUCGACAGACAUGAACUGGUACACGCGGCGGGCGGCACUGACGGGGAUCUAUAACACCACAGAGCUGGUGAUGGUGCAGGACUCGUCUCCUGACCUUGAAGAGACAUGGGCCUUCCUCGACAAUCGCAUAAAGGAUGUAGUUAACAUGGCGAACACGGCUAAACAGGUGCAAGCCACAGGAGAAGCCGUGGUUCAGGGACUCAUGGGAGCCGCAAUUACGCUGAAGAACCUAACAGGGAUGAAUCAGAGACGAUGAGUUUCUUCUGAUGUUCCUGCCUUUGUUUUGUCUUGUCUUCCACUCGACCCCUCAGCCGAGCAGCGCAAAUGUCUGACAGCUCACUCACCCGCUCUUAACCAACUAAACAUGAUAACAUGAUCACAAAGAAAGUGUUUGUGCUACGAUACAGGGUUGAUAAUCACACCCGUAGCACUUUUAAAUGGGUCAGCUGUGCCAUACCUAAUACCUCUGUUAUGUUUGUAUCGUAACCCGAGCCCAAUGAGGAGCCAGUUUUCCUUUCAGGCAUUGUAGUCUGCUGCCACACUCUCUGCAUUUGUAAAAAGAAAAAAGAAAGAAUAUGAGUGUAAAUUCUAUUUGAGAGUCCUAUGUUCAUAACGUUUGUGUCUGACUCAUUGGUGAAAAAAAAUAAAGGGUAACCUAUUUACAG